GCGUGUUUGUGUCUUUAAGUUCAUCUGUGAUCCACUCUCCUGAGUUAGACCAUGUGACUGUGAUGUCAGCGUCAGGGGAGGAGUUUCAGAGUGCGGUGGGGGAGGAGCUCGAGUCUGAUGGAGCUUCAGGUUUAUUCACUAACCCACCGAUACCCCAAGUUUCUCUCAGUGGGAGAACAGAGGAGCCCCGAACUCGAGGUGGACGCAGGAGAAACGGGGGGAAAAGGAGGAAUAAAAGCCAAGUGACCUUGGGUCAGAGGAGUCACACCUCUUCACAGGUACAGCACACCUUCAGCACCACCAGUGACCCUUGCCUGACCUCUCACAGAGACUACUGCAUCCACGGACACUGCACCUACCUACAGGAUCUGAAAGAGCCCGUCUGCGUGUGUAUGAAGGGCUAUGAUGGCGUGCGCUGUGGGAUCCAGCUGUUACAGACGUUUUCGGGUUCAGGUUCGGGUUCAGACGGACCGGACGGUCACUCACACACUCACACCCUGCAGCUCGCUCUGGUCAUCAUCGCUGUCGUCCUGUCGGUCAUCAGCUGCGCCGCCAUCAUCAUCAUCAUCAUGGUCCAGUAUAAAGCUCAGCACAGUUUCCAGGCUGCGUUCCUGAGCUCGAGCUCUGAGAGGGAGAAGCUGCAGAAGAGUCCGGCCGUCUGAGGAUCAGCACCACCUGCUGCACCACAAACAUUCACCCUGAUUUAUUACAGCGCCGUAGAACAUUAUUACUGUAGGUUCAGCCGCGAGGACCCGCCGCAGGGCCCUGUUUCCAUGGUGAUUCUGAUUGGUGCAGAGAGCGACUGUGGAGUCAGAUCUCCCAUCACGUCUUCAGGGGAUCUGCCAGGAGAGAAAUGAUGGUCUUGAUAAACGUCCACACUCCCCCAAAACUCAGCCCAGCUUCACUGAUUAUCAUUCCUGAUAGAAGCUCAGUCUGAAGUUCACACAUUAAACAUUGUUUAUAUAUUUUAUUUAUUUAUUUUCCCACAGUAAUGUUCAGUUUUGUUUGCUUGCUCUGAAUUGUGGCCCAUAAGAAAAUUCAGCUUUAAUUUGUUACAUGUUACACGACACAAACAGGCUUAAUGAACAAAUAAACAUUUCUGUUAACGAGCCCGUGAGCAGGUUCGGACGGCCAGCGCCAACCUAAACUGACCUUUUUAUCUCGCUAGUCCGUGUGAGGUCGCGGGAGUUCGGGGUGCUGAAACGUCUUAAGUCUGUGAUCUCGAGAUCCACCUUCCAGAGUUUAGAUCCGCCCUGUACCCAGUAAGUAGCUCCGCCCACUUACUGAACUCUAAUACGUCUGAUCCAGCCAAUCAUGGACUUGGGAAGAGUGUGAUUAGUUGGAGCAGGUGUGGCAACGGAGGUUAAAACUAGGCUCUGUAGGAAGGCAGAUCUCCAGGGUCAGGACUGGAGACCAAUGAGCUGAGAUUAUAACCCUCUCUCUCUCUCUCUCUCUCUC